AUGUUUUCGUUAACUUUGUUUUGUCUCUUCAUUUAUCGGGUCUGUUGUAAUGGCGGCAACGGUAUCACUGAUAUCAAUGUUUUGGACAAUUACUUUGACGGCGCCACCAAUUAUAUGCGGGAUCAGCCUAUUUUCGAUGGCGUUACACUUAUUUUGCCCAAAAGGACACCCUAUGGUUUGACUCCUGUCUCACAUAUGGAAACACCGGCAUAUCAUCCGGUUUUUCACUCAAGAAUUCUUCCAAAUGAUUCUCAAAAAACUAAAAAAUCAUCAAAACGUAAGUUUAGACAUCAUUCUGAUGAUAGAAGACAUCACAUCAAACACAGACAUAAACACAAACGAAAGAAACUUAAAGAUAAUUAUCCGAAGAGUAUUAAGGAUCAGUUGAAAAUGCAAUACGACUCAGAACCAGAAGAUGAUGAACCAAAUGAAGACGACGAAGAAGACUAUAUUAAAAAUGAAAGAACUCCUCAAAAGUCAUUGUCAUUGUUUGAUAGUUUGCCACCGCAUUCAAUGGGCAAUCCAUCAGAUGUAUUGAAUCCAUUCGUACAGUCAGACAAAGUGGAUAUUCCUUCGAAAUACUUUCCCGAUAAGACUUUUAAUAAAAUCUUAACUAAAAACAAGAAGUAUAGGACAGCAACAGCUAACCAAUUGUCACAUAAACCACAGACAAGACGUCCAGACUCUAUGCCAUCUUUAAUGAAUGACAAACAAAAUAAUAGCAAAAAUGAAGAAUAUCGACACAAAAUGAUUCCGAGUAAUAGUAAAAAUAAUAAUAAUUUUGAUAAAUAUAAUGAAAGUCAUGAAUCAGAUGAUGAACGAGAUGUUAGCGAUGAUAACGACGAUAACGAUGAAAACGACGACAAUAAACACCAAUUAUUACAAGACAGCGAAGAUGACAAACCAGAUGACAGUGAAACAGAUAAUGAAAAAAACUAUAACGGAAUUCAAGGGGAAGACUUGAAGUCCAAUGAUGAUCCCAACCAUUAUCCUCAUCAGUACGCCAUUGAAAUUCGGUGGAAGAAUAUGGAGAAUGCACCCGACGGUGACCACGGAGAUAGAGAAAUGCAUUCCAGUAAAGACUUAGAAGACGCAAACUAUAGACAUUAUAAACACGAAGAAGAGGAACACUGGCAUCAAAAGAAAUGGUUAGACGAGGGCCUCAGGAAGGCUUAUAUGAAUGGUCAGCCAAUACACGUCCAUACCAUACAUAAGCCAAAACUUAAGAUACCGCAUAACGAUGAUAAUUAUGAUCACUUUCCAUUGUAUGCUCAACCAUUACCAGCCGGUGCUACACUCGCACAGAUCAACCAACACUUUGCUGUUCCCACUCCUAAUUUCAGAGUCAACAACCGAUUCAUUCAAUGGGCUAAAAAUCCCAUUGCUUUCAAUGCACCACAACUAACAGUUCUCGGAUAA